AUGGCCGCUGGAGGUGUUUCUUUUAUUUACAUAGUUUUGUCUUCCAUCAUGUACAAAAGCUUAGCUCUUCCUGCUGCGCUGCAAUCAGUAAAAGGAAACAAUGAAGAGGAAGGAAUAACAAGUCAUCUGGACAGAGCCAAUAAAGUGGUCGCUAAUUCUCUGUUUGAGGGUGAUAUCAAGUUAUCCCCGUUUGAUCUGAGGUUUGUGGACACGCGAGAAGAGGGUGACGUUGAUGGGGAACUGGCGCCAAGUCGACAGAAAAGGAAUGCUAAUCGCAAUAGGAUGGUUCUAUGGCAAGACAAAGUUGUUCCUUAUAAGUUUGAUUCGAGUCUUCCAGCUGAUUAUCAGACUGCUGUACACGAAGCUAUGGAUGAAUUCCGCAAACACACUUGUUUAAAGUUUGUUGAAAGAACCAAGGAGCCAAACUGGCUGCUUUUUGUAAAAAAAGAUGGAUGCUGGUCUAGUGUAGGUAAAAAAUAUUGGAGAGUCAACUAUGGACAAGACGUUUCCUUGGGCAGCGGUUGUAAUCACAAAGGGACCAUAAUGCAUGAAAUAAUGCAUGCAGUUGGCUUUUGGCACGAGCAGUCGCGACCAGACAGAAAUCAGUAUGUCGAAGUGCUAUGGGAGAAUAUUGUGGAAGGCGAGGCACACAACUUCAACAAAUACGAUCGCGGCAAGAUUGACACUCUUCAGGUACCAUACGAUUAUGACAGCAUUAUGCAUUACGGCACUAACGGCUUCUCCAAGAAUGGAAAACCAACCUUAAGGUCGAUCAGGGACCCUUCAAGAUCUCUUGGUCAGAGAAAUGGCUUCACGGCGUUAGACAUACAGGAAAUCAACGCCCUUUACGAAUGCGGCAGUGGUAUAAGCUCAAGCAAGCCUGGAUGGAGUAGUUGGUCAGAAUAUGGACCUUGCAGUUCCAGAUGUAGAAAGACUCGUCAACGAUUCUGCGCUUCUGCAAACAAGGAUGUAGACUGUCCAGGCCAGUCAUAUGGAGUGGAAACAGAAGAGGUAGCCUGCACUGAUCAGGAAUGCAAAGCCCCUAUAGAUGGUCACUGGGGACGCUGGUCAGCAUGGAGUACUUGCAGCAAGACCUGUGGAAAUGGGACUAAAGUUAGAUCUCGCCAAUGUGAUGAUCCGACCCCGGCUAAUUCCGGAAAACUCUGCUCUGGAGAUGAUAAACAACAGGCAGCUUGUAUAAAAGGAAGGUGCGGCUUAGGCCCUAAUGAUUGUGACUUUGACUUCGAAGAGGAUGGAUUCUGCCGUUGGUCCAACGUCCAAGUUUACAGCAGUGACCGAUUUAAGUGGCAGCGAGGGUCUGGUGCAACACCCAGUAGCAGCACUGGGCCUUCCGCAGACCACACGACAGGCGCAGGCAGCUAUCUCUACGUCGAGGCUUCUAGUCCUGCUCAGGAGGGUGAUCAGGCUAGGCUACUCAGUGAGCAAUUCCCAGCGACCCAAGGCCGGUGCUUAUCAUUUUGGUACCACAUGUACGGCUCAUCAACCGGGACCCUAAAUGUUCUCAUCUUGGACAAGGACGGCACGUCAAAUCUUGCUUGGUCCAAGUCCGGUGACCAGGGAGAUCAGUGGAGAGAAGCUAAGUUGACACUUGAAAGCAAAGUGGAAUUUAAGGUUGCCAUCGAAGCCAUCAGAGGAAAUAGCUUUCGAGGUGAUAUUGGACUCGAUGAUAUUCGUUUGACUGAGGGGCCAUGCAUGGAAGAGGUUGGCUGCUUUAAAGAUAACACAAAGGAUCGAGUCUUUCCAACAAUGCUGAAAAACUUGCGGCCCGAGAUAGAUUGGUAUCAUUUGGAAAAAACCAUUCAGAAGUGUGCUUUACUGACCAAACAACACGGUUAUCAGGUUUUCGCUAUUCAGUUUUACGCGGAAUGUUGGAGUGGAGAUAUAUCCAAGGUGAAAUAUGAUCGUUGGGGUGCAGCUGACAAAUCCAAAUGCCCAUUUGGAGUUGGAGCAGCGAGAAUUAAUGCCGUUUACAGACUUCUGUCUUAAAUGCCAUAAUUAAAGAUUUUCUCGUGUCAUAAAUAAUCAAUCUUUGUUCAUUAGUAUCGGAAAUGCAAAAGAGUAAAAGAUAAAGAAAUGGGUGUUAUGAGUAAGAAAUGACAAUAAACUAUUGC